GCGGGAGACUGCGAAUUCCGGCGCCGACGCCGCGGCCACUGCUCCGUGCACCGGUCCCCUUCCCUCCCAUCCCCUCUGCGAGCAGGGUUUGCAGGGCGGCCGGGCGAGCACUGAACGGAAAGCAAGAUCCUUGCUGCCUCCGCUUGGGGAGUCGAGCGGAGAGCGCAGAUUUUGAGGGGGAGCGACAGUGCCCGAGGGCGGAGGGGCGCGGAGUUUGUGAGCGAGAAGAAAGUUAAGCCUCGCAGAGAAGAUUGGCAUCUCGGAACGCUUUGUCGCCACAGCCUGGGCCCUACGGCCGGUAUAAACUAAACGGCGGCCGUGCGAGCCAAGGAAAGGCGUGCGCGGGAUGAUGCCGGGCAUCCCCCCCAGCUGGUGAGCGGCCCCGCUUCCCUGCCAUCCCGGGUCCCACUCAGCCGCCCGGGAGGGCGCGGGGCAGCGCACGUGCGCAGGCAGUGAGGCCCGAGGGUGACCGCGCCGUGACCCGCUCGGGGGCGAAGGCGCUGGCUGUAGCGCAGCCCCGACUCGGACGCACCUGGCCUGGACCUUGCGCCUCUAGAGACCUGCGCGGGAGUGUGGGGCUCCCCCGCCUCCCCUCCAAGGGGUUCUCCCGGUGAUCGCCCCCUUCGUCUCCCCUCCAGCCUGGGCAAUUAGGGGCGCCCCAGAGGACCAUGAGAGAUAAGGACUGAGGGCCAGGAAGGGGAAGCGAGCCCGCCGAGAGGUGGCGGGGGCUGUUCACGCCAAGGGCCACAGCGGCCGCGCCGGCCUCGCUCCGCCGCUCCACGCCUCCCGGGGCCCGCGGGGCCAGCCCGGUCGGGCGGGGAUGCCGGGGCUGGCGCGGAGGGCGCAGUGGCUGUGCUGGUGGUGGGGGCUGCUGUGCAGCUGCUGCGGGCCCCCGCCGCUACGGCCGUCCCUGCCUGCCGCCGCCGCCACCGGUGGGGGGGCGCUGCUGGCGGACGGCGGGAGCCCGGGCCACGCGGAGGCGCCGCCGCCGCCGCCGCCGCAGUCCUCCUCCUCCGGCUUCCUCUAUCGGCGCCUCAAGACGCAUGAGAAGCGGGAGAUGCAGAAGGAGAUCCUGUCAGUGCUGGGGCUCCCGCACCGGCCCCGGCCCCUGCACGGCCUCCAGCAGCUGCAGCCCCCUGCGCUCCCGCAGCAGCAGCCUCGCGGGGAGCCUCCUCCCGGGCGGCUGAAGUCCGCGCCCCUCUUUAUGCUGGAUCUGUACAACGCCCUGUCCGCCGACGACGACGACGAGGACGGGACGUCGGACGAGGACAGGGGGCAGCCCGGGCCCAGCGGAGGAACCGGCUCGUCCCAGCCCCGGCAGCCGCCUCCCGGAACCGCGCACCCCCUCAACCGCAAGAGCCUCCUGGCUCCCGGACCUGGCGGCGGCGGCGCGUCCCCACUGACUAGCGCGCAGGACAGCGCCUUCCUCAACGACGCCGACAUGGUCAUGAGCUUUGUGAACCUGGUGGAGUACGACAAGGAGUUCUCCCCUCGCCAGCGACACCACAAAGAGUUCAAGUUCAACUUAUCCCAGAUUCCUGAGGGUGAGGCGGUGACGGCUGCAGAGUUCCGAAUCUACAAGGACUGUGUUGUGGGGAGUUUUAAAAACCAAACUUUUCUUAUCAGCAUUUAUCAAGUCUUACAGGAGCAUCAGCACAGAGAUUCUGACCUAUUUUUGUUGGACACCCGCGUAGUGUGGGCCUCAGAAGAAGGCUGGCUGGAAUUUGACAUCACGGCCACUAGCAAUCUGUGGGUCGUGACACCACAGCACAACAUGGGGCUUCAGCUAAGCGUAGUGACUCGGGAUGGACUCAGCAUCAACCCCCGAGCUGCAGGCCUGGUGGGCAGAGACGGCCCUUACGACAAGCAGCCCUUCAUGGUGGCCUUCUUCAAAGUGAGCGAGGUCCACGUGCGCACCACGAGGUCAGCCACCGGUCGGCGCCGACAGCAGAGUCGCAAUCGCUCUACCCAGUCCCAGGACGUGUCGCGGGUGUCCAGUGCUUCAGAUUACAACAGCAGUGAAUUAAAAACAGCCUGCAGGAAGCAUGAGCUUUAUGUGAGCUUCCAAGACCUGGGAUGGCAGGACUGGAUCAUUGCACCCAAGGGCUAUGCUGCCAAUUACUGUGAUGGAGAAUGCUCCUUCCCACUCAACGCACACAUGAACGCUACGAACCACGCCAUCGUACAGACCUUGGUUCACCUUAUGAAUCCUGAGUAUGUCCCCAAACCAUGCUGUGCACCAACUAAACUAAACGCCAUCUCGGUUCUUUACUUUGAUGACAACUCCAACGUCAUCUUGAAAAAAUACAGGAACAUGGUUGUAAGAGCUUGUGGAUGCCACUAACUCGACUCUAGUUGCUGGGGAUGCAAAAAUCACCUUGGAUUCUAGACUACACCUGCCUUAAAACAUGCCGAAGCACGGUGAGAGUGGAGGAUGACUCUGAAACCCCCUCACGCGGGUUGGUGCCUUGCUGCCCAAGGGAGAUUUAAAGGACCUGAUGAAUCAUCUGCUCACGUGGUAAAUAACGUAGUUGUUGGUCUGGAGGAAGCUGAGUUUGAAUGUCUAUAGUAUGAAGUCUGAUACCUGCAGAAACAACUUUGAAGGGUUCCCCUCUCCCUCCCCAAAAAAGCCCACGAAAAUUAGUUUUAGCUUUAGAUCAAGCUAUUUGUGGUGUUAGUGAGUCAAUAGGGAAAAUAACCUUAAAGGAGUAAAAGUCUUCUUGGUAAAAUACCAGUCGGUUCAGUCGUAUUUCUCAAAGGUAGAUUUUACAAACAGAAAUUGGGGGAAAAUGCCUCUAUUCAUAGAUUUCAUUACCAGGAAGGUCAAUUUCAUAGAGGAUCAACAGCCCGGGCUGUAACCAGGCUAUGUGGAAGUGCCUUUUGUCUCGGUCAAUGCUGUUACGUGUUUGUGCUGCAGUUUGUUGGUGUGAAAAUAUACUUAUUUCAGUUAAAACAAACCAUAUCAUUUCCACAUGUCAAUCCUCCCCCAUUUGCUGUUUUCUUUGCUAGUACCAAAAGUAGACCGAUCAUAAUCUGAGCUGACACUGCAAGGGGUGAGAAGCAUUUUUAAUAGCCAUCAUGUUAACCAUGUAACCUGUGAAAGCAAUCCUGCACCUCUUCUUGUUUGGAAUGGCUCUUUGAAAAGCACAUUAACUUCAGGAACAUCGGCUCUAAUAGCUCAUCUAUUUCAGUAAAAUGGUUCUUUGCCUUUUCCCAUCCAGCAUCCUGUGUCUCGGGGUGAGACCCAACAAGGGAAAUAAACUGAGGGAGGGGCCCAGCCUCUAGGAAUGGGUUUGGAUGGGCAUGCUGUUUCUGAACCGAAACCACAGUUUUCUCUUGUAAGAAGUAAGACUCAGAUUAAAUCUUAGAAUAUUUUUAAAAUGUCUUUUUCACAAUCAUGUACUAGGAAACCAAUUUCAUACUAAACUGAUUAAAUAAUACAUUUAUAAUCUAUAACUGUUUGC